AUGGCUGCCGUAGCCGGCUUCACCGUGUCUGCCCGCGCGUGCGUCACCGCCGCGAGGCAGACUUCCAUCGCGCGCAAAUCCACCGUCGUCGUGGCCCCUCCCGCCCGUCGCGGCUCCUCGGUCGUGACCAACUUCAAUCCCGCUGCGGGUGAUUUCUCAGUCACGCUCUCUCAGGGGGUUGGCGCCGGGGUGGCCGUCGUCGCGGCGCGCGUGGUGCUCUUCUCGCUCGCGAAGGCUGGGAUCGGGAAGAACGUGGAGAAAUGGUCCGCCAAAUGCGCCGAGUACGGCAUCGAUUGCUCCGACCUCUACCACACCGAGGACCAGCCCGGCGACGCGUGGUACCUGAUCGGCGACUGGAAGCCCGCCAAGGCCGGCGAGCCCAAGCACAGCGACACCACGCUCGUCGGCAUCCUCACCACCCGCGCCAAGACGCACGAGUUGGUGAAUGAGUGCGAGUCGAAUGGGAUUUCAACCUCCGACGUCGUCGCCGCCACGUACAGGCCAGAUAACUUCAUCUCCAACGAGAAGGCCCGGUUCAACGAACUCACCAAGAGGCUCAAGGAGGCUGGCCUGAGGUGACGAUUCGGGACGGACAGCCGUAGCACACCUUCAGUUUAAACAAACCACUCGCACGCA